AAUCUCGAAAAAUAUCGUGAGACUUGGUUGUCAACGUAAUCUGUUAUUUUGAACCUCAAACAAAUCCUGUACGAACCUUUUAUAACAUUUCCUAACGUAUUUUAUAAACAAGAAUGGAUGAUUUUCAAACCGGAGAAGAGACCGCAUUCGUUGUGGAAGAGGUUUCUACAAUUAUAAAAGAGUCAGUUGAAGGAGCAAUCGGAGGAAAUGCCUACCAACAUAACAAAGUUAAUCAGUGGACCUCAAACGUUGUUGAACAAUGCCUAAAUCAAUUAACAAAGUUAAAUAAACCUUUUAAAUACAUAGUGACGUGCGUUAUCAUGCAAAAGAAUGGUGCUGGUUUACACACAGCCAGUUCUUGCUUUUGGGAUAAUUCUACUGACGGAUCAUGUACGGUUAGGUGGGAAAAUAAGACAAUGUACUGUAUCGUAAGCGUAUUCGGUUUGGCCAUUUAG